GGAAAAACGUGUUCAUAAAGCGUGAGCAAAAAACAACAUUGAAACAUCGUUUACUCUCAAAAAAAAAUAUAAUAUUCACCUUAACAAACACACGCACACACACACAAGCGCAAAAAAAUGGGUCUUACCACGGAUCAAACACAGCGCAUUAAGACUGCUUUCCUUAGCUAUGCCCAAGAGCAGCCAAAGAUAACUGAGACUAUGAUCGAUCAGUUCAUCUGCGGUGCCAUUCCCAACCUCUCAUGGGAGCAGCUUCAGGAAAAAAAAGCAAAGAGAAAAGGCUCUGCGGAUGGCUAUGAUCGUGGCGAAUUUUUCGCACUGGUGCAAACCAAUCCUGCGUAUAUCGACUUUAUUGUAAAAAAUUUUCCGCCAGCGCCAAUUGAGCCGAAAGAGUCUGAAAUUGACGGGCUGGCCUUGAAAACUGAAAAAGGGUUCUAGUGAGAUAAUUCACUAGGAGGAGAAUAUGUACAGCUAUAUAUAUAUUUUUUUUUUAGGAGGCAUAGGCAUGUAGAAUUUUAUUUCAUUGUUUCUUAUUGUUGAUGGUUCUUGCUCAUGGCUUUCAGUAUGAUUUUUCUUUGCUUUGUUUUCGAACCUUUUCAUCUGGAGGCUAUUGCAUAAUAGAGAUUGAAGGGGUGUAGUCAUGAAGUAGCUGUAUUUAUCAGAGGCUUCUUUUUACAACCUUCUAGCUUCAGCUGCGGAGCUUGUUCGAAUAAAAAGGGAAGGUACUAAUCUUCUAUUAUUGAAAAAAUGUAUGAGAUAUAAAGAGUCCGAAUUUUGAUUAGGAAUAAAGGAUGCCUGCUUCAUCCGAAUUAGAACAAGAAAUCAAGGAAAAAUGGAAUUUUUGGCAAAAACUAAGGACAUGAA